CUUGUACUAGCUCAAGGGCCUGCGGGAGCAAACGCCUGCCGGCACUAUCGUGCAGGGUUGGACAGGCCAGGGAGCAGCAAAGGGAACGAGCAUCCAUGUCGAAGAGGACGGUGCUCAAGGUGGACACCUCCUGCGCCAAAUGCAAGCGCAAGGUCCUGCAGGCCGUCUCUGGCCUCCAAGGUGUUGACAAGAUCGAGAUCGACUCCGAAAAGAGCACGAUGACGGUGACCGGCAGCGUGGACCCGGUGGACGUGAUUGUGCAGACGAGGAAGGCCGGGAAGCGCGCGUCCGUUGUCACCAUCGGCCCGCCACCCAAGCCGGAGGAGAAGAAACCCGAGCAGGAGAAGAAACCCGAGCAGCAGAAGAAACCCGAGCAGCAGAAAAAGCCCGAGGAGAAGCAGGGGGAGAAGAAAUCGGCGGCGGGCGCGGAGAAGAAGGCGCCCGAGCCGCCGGUGGUGUUCGUCCACCAUGUCCCCUCGUGGCCUUCGUGCCCAAUGUACCAGGAGAGAGUAGUCUACGAGCAGGAACCCCCGCCCUGCUCCAUCAUGUAAUUAACUGAUCCGAUCUGAUCAUA